AAUAGUAAUUUAACACUAUUUUAAAAGUUGCUUUAUUUUGCGAGUAUAAGGGAUACAAAAAUAACAGUUAAACAAUGGAUCUGUCAAUCACUUCAUUGAUCGUAAAAGAUGUCCGCUUUCCCACGUCUUUGAGUGGCGACGGAUCCGAUGCUAUGCACACGGAUCCGGAUUACUCGUGCGCUUAUGUCAUACUGAAGACCCAGAGGAAUGGCCUCGAAGGCCAUGGAUUGACGUUCACUAUUGGUAAAGGCACAGAAGUUGUUGUCAAAGCUGUUGAGUGUCUCAAGCCUUUAGUUGUGGGCAAAGUAUUGGGUGAUAUAUACGACAACUUCGGCCGCUUUUGGACAACACUCGCCUGCGAUAGUCAGCGCCGUUGGAUUGGUCCGGAAAAAGGGGCCAUUCAUAUGGCCACCGGCGCUCUCGUCAACGCCUUAUGGGACCUCUGGUGCAAGAUUGUGGGCAAACCCCUGUGGAAACACCUUGUUGACAUGGAGCCAGAAAAGCUGGUCUCUUGCAUUGAUUUCAGAUACAUUACCGAUGUGUUGACCAAAGAGGAGGCCAUAGAUAUAUUAAAACGGAAUCGACCGCUCAUUAAGGAACGGGAGGCAACAUUGUUGAGGGAAGGCUUUCCAGCUUACACUACAGAGGUGGGUUGGGUCGGGUAUGACGAGCAGAAGCGGCGAGACCUGUGCCGGCAAUUUAUAGCCGACGGUUAUACCAGAUUUAAGGCCAAAGUGGGCACCGGUAUAGAGGAGGACCGGAAGAGACUGUCAAUAAUACGCGAAGAGAUCGGCGCCGACAGCCUAUUGAUGGUCGACGCGAACCAGAGGUGGGACGUCGACGAAGCGAUCGCAUGGAUGAAACAGUUGACUGAC